CUCACUGGUUGCCCUGCUUGUCUGUGCUGGUUUGUCUUUGGAGCUCAACUACUCAGUUUCUUCGCUAACUUCGGAGAUCACCUUGGCUGUUUCGCGGGCGCGCGCUGCUUCCAGAUUUUUAGAGGUCAGCGAGAGAGCAAGCAAAAUGAUGAAGGAAGCCACAAAGAAGAUUUUAAGUAUGUUAUAGUUAUAUAUAAGCAUCGAUCCAGCAAUAUGGAUUAUGGAACGCACAAAAAUGAUGAACAAAUGCAACUAGUCUUGUAGCUCUUCCACUUGUAUACUUCCCUAGCCAAAAUAGAGCCACACAGUAGUAUCCAAAGCACCAAAUUUGGCAAUCAUGGACCACGGUGUGUACUACUGCCUUCUAGCUCUAAUUCCACUUGUGUACUUCCUUCUCAAGUCGUUGUGGAAGGAAGCUCCCUUUGGAUAUGGUAGCCGUCCCGGCCUCAAGCUUCCUCCAGGCCCAUGGAAGCUCCCUGUCAUCGGCAGUAUCCACCAUCUCCGCGGCUCCCUCGCGCACCGUGCGCUGCGGGACCUGUCACGCCGCCAUGGGCCUCUCAUGUUCCUCAAGUUUGGCGAGGUCCCGGUCAUCGUAGCAUCCACGCCAGAGGCCGCGAAAGAGUUGAUGAAGACCCACGAUGCCAUCUUCUCGACGAGGCCACUGAGCUUCGCCGUCAAGACGAUCAUCAAGGACGGGCCGGGCAUCGUCUGGGCCCCGUACGGCGACCAUUGGCGGCAGCUCCGCAAGAUCUGCUUCAUGGAGCUGCUUAGCGCCAGGCGUGUCCAGUCCCUGCGGCCAGUGCGUGAGGACAAGGCGUUCCGGCUAGUCCAAGCGGUCGCGUCGUCCACCGCAGCAGCAGCAGCAGGAGCAGCACCGCCACUCGUGGACGUCGGCAAGCUGGUCACCGUGUACGUCGCCGACACGUCGUUGCGCGCCAUCCUGGGCAGGCGGUUCAAGGUCGAGGACAGGGACACGCUGCUGCAUUUUGUCGACGAGAGUGUCCGGCUGGCCGGCGGGUUCACGCCCAGAGACCUGUUCCCGUCGUCGUGGCUGGUUCGCAUUCUGAGCUGCCGGGCGUCGCGCGAGGUAGAAGCCUACCACCACUCCUUGUUCACCUUCAUGGAUGGAGUGUUAGCUGAGCACCUGGAGCGACGAAGGUCAGGUGAAGAAGAAGAAGAGGAGGAUCUGAUUGACGUUCUCCUCCGGAUCCAGAAGGAAGGAAACCUUCAGUUCCCUCUCACCAUGAGGAUAAUCGAAGCAGUCAUAUUUAAUCUUAUCGGAGGGGGCAUGGAAACAGCGACAACAACGCUGCAGUGGGCGAUGGCUGAGCUCAUGAGGAAUCCAGGAAUCAUGUCCAAGGCACAAGCUGAGGUCAGGAGAGUGUUCAUGGACGAAACGAAGGUAACUGAAGAUCGACUAGGCGAGCUACCUUAUCUGCAGCUGGUCAUCAAGGAGACGUUACGACUGCAUGUCCCGGGGCCGCUGCUGAUCCCAAGGGAAUGCCAGGAGCAGUGCCGGAUACUGGGCUACGACGUGCCCAAGGGAGCCAUGGUGCUUGUGAACGCCUGGGCCAUCGCUAGGAGCCCGGAUUAUUGGGAGGAGCCAGACACGUUCCAUCCUGAGAGGUUUCUCGGUGACACGAGGGAUUUCAAGGGCAAUGACUUCGAGUUCAUCCCGUUUGGCGCCGGGAGGAGGAUCUGCCCUGGGAUGGCCUUUGGGCUGGCAAAUGUCGAGCUUGGUCUCGCCAGCUUGCUCUUCUACUUUGACUGGAGCCUGCCGGAGGGCGUCGUUCCUGGUAGUAGUGAAUCUGAGGACAUGUGCGGCCAUUCUUUAUCCGUUCCUUGCCUAUGCAUUCCUUUGGUCGUCGACCGAGGAGGGUCGGCAGGGCCAGGAGUAGUGGCACUAGGGAGGAGGCGAGCUCGUCGAACUACAUGGUCCUAUUGCCGACGGGUGGAUCUCGUCCCCGAUCGCUGGGUAGGGGCCCAGGGAGCAGCAUGGCCAGAUCUAGCUUGUUGAAGCUCCUAUCGCCGUUGUCGCCCAGCAGCGCAACUACAUGUCGCGGAGGGGUUCCUGCUCUUGCCGGCCUCGGCACUGGACCACUGGUGAUGGGGAAGGGCAUAGACGUCGAGCGUUUAAUCCAAGCGGUUGUGGUGGGCAUGUCGCUGGCGAGACGGCGGCGAUGAUAGCGACCUCAUGUCGUACGUUAAUGAAAGAGAAUGUUAGGAUCCUUACCCUUAAUAUGAAGAGAACGAUAGUAUCGCAAGUUGAGUUAAGUGUGAACCUUCAAUGCUUAGUUGGUUUGUUAUUAUGUUUAUGCUUGAUUUGGAUCUUUGUAAUGAGUGCAAUGAUU